AUUACUGUGUUACAUCAUUUGGUGUCCGUCAAGCAACGUCCAACGUCUGACCAGCGGACAUCGUUACAGAGUGGUGUUUUUUUGAAAUUAUAUUAUAGCCUCUGUUGUGAAUAUUUACGAUGGACGGAAUCGAGCAGAAAGACACAGAGGAAGAAGCGCCUUCAGUUAUCGACCGCUAUUACACACGGUGGUACAGAGCCGACAUGAAGGGGAAACCGUGUGAGGACCACUGCAUCCUGCAACACUCAAACAGAAUAUGUGUUGUCACAUUAGCAGAGACUCACCCGAUCCUUCAGAGUGGACGGACGAUCAAGAGCAUCAACUACCAGAUCAGUGAUGGCUGCAGUCGGCUGAACAAUAAAGUGUCUGGGAAGUCAAAGCGGGGUGGUCAGUUCCUUACUGAUUUCGCACCUCUAUGUAGGAUAACGUGCACAGAUGAAACUGAAUACACAAUCUACAGCUGCAUCCGGGGCCGUCUUCUUGAGGUCAAUGAGAAUAUCCUAAAGACGCCUACGCUCUUGUUGGAAAGGCCGUCCACUGAAGGAUACAUCGCUGUCAUCCUGCCCAAGUUUGAAGAGAGCAAGAGCAUAACGGAGAAUCUGCUGAGCCGAGAGGAGUUUGAAAGCGUCGUCUCCAAACGAAAUGUUGCAGAGUCACAGCCCUCUUGACAGGGCUCCAUGUUCCUGCCUUGUUCAAGUCAGAACUGUUUUGGAAGAGCUCAUCUUCCCUCAAAUCCCACCAGGCAGGGUAAAAAAACCCACCUGUGGAUUCUAUCUUGGAAACAGACAUUUACCUGUGGAUAAUUCUAAAGGACUUUAAUGUAUGAUGCAAGUAUUGCACUUCACCUCUAGACUUAUACAUUUGUUUUUAUUGUUUUAAGAGUUUGAAGGUUUAAGGAAGCACUCUUCUUUGUAGUGCUUUGACUUUUGUAAUUUGAGGAACAAGGAAAAAGAGGAAGAGUAUUACAUUAUUUGAAUGCUGUAAUUAAAUACAACCCAGAAACUUCAGUUAGAAUUAUUUUUGUAGAAUAUCAUUAAAAACAGCCAACACGGUUUUAAGAAAAA